UUCAGAUUUUUGUCAUUAAGAGGAAUAUAUUCCUAAAAUGACUUCAAUGUGCUCAUUAUAAAGUAUCUCAGCUAAGAAUAGUAAUUAAGCUGAGUUUGGGGACAUUUGUGUUAAAAAGUUUAAUAAAUGUGUGAACGGUACCCUGGAUACCUGUUCGGGGGGACACCCGUCAGUAGUUGGGAUAGAAGCUUUAAUUCAUUAGAAAAUCAAAUCCAGCAACAAUACAGAGGUAGAGUGGGCGCUGGCGUCCGUUGUUGGGGCAGCAUGUCCGAAGGGGGAGGUAUAUCAUCCGCGGGAGGGGACAUGGCCAAGACGAACCUCAUCGUCAACUACCUUCCGCAGACCAUGACCGAGAAGGAUCUGUACGCCAUGUUCAUGACCAUUGGACCGAUAGAAAGUUGUCGGGUUAUGAAGGAUUUUAAGACUGGCUACAGUUACGGUUUUGGAUUUGUCAAUUUCACGAGAGAGGAGGACGCCGCUAGAGCGAUAGAUACGUUUAAUGGUUACCAGCUCAGGAAUAAACGGUUAAAGGUUUCCUAUGCCCGCCCUUCCGGUGAAGAUAUAAAGGACACAAAUCUGUAUGUGACUAAUCUUCCACGGGCUAUAACCGAGGAACAGUUGGAGACGAUAUUCGGCAAGUACGGACGGAUAGUGCAGAAACACAUUCUGAGAGAUAAGAGCAACGGUACGCCGAGGGGUGUCGCUUUUGUGAGGUUCGAUAAGAGAGAAGAGGCCCAAGAAGCGAUAGCAGCGCUAAACAACGUCAUACCAGAGGGCGGUACGGAACCACUCAGUGUUAAGGUGGCGGAAGAGCAUGGUAAACAAAAGGCUGCGUAUUACGCUGGAUGGGCCGCGGGUUUCCAUCAUAAUCGAGGUGACUUUUCGUGGAGCUGUGGUAACUGCAUGAUGCCGGAUUCCUGGGACGGAUUCUCAAGCCCCCCAUUACCUGGAAGCCACCCGAACACCCCCAGAAACGGUUGCAGGCCAGGUGCCUGCGCGAACCAAAGGGCUUACCCCCAAAAUCACCCUGGGAAGCCCACUCCGAGGUCAGGUCGUGGUAGGGGACCCUGGGGUCAAUUUAGGGGCGAUGAGAUGUAUAAAGGACAAAGGUGUAGAAAUGGUACUGCACCAUAUUGGUAG